AUGUCCACGACCGACGACCUUUUAGAAAGGAUCAAGCAGCUUGAGGAGGAAAAUACGCAGGAGCGACGCGAAAGGGAGCGGGCACAACGCAACGCGGAGCAGGAGCGACACGAAAAGGAGCAGGCACAGCAUCUCCUUCAGAAGACGACACUCGAGGAAUAUCUCACGGCCUGCCAGGAGCAUGUCCUAUCCAAGAUCCACCUUGACACCGAUGGCUACCUUACCACUAGGGCUCCCACUACCAAUCCUGCUAGAAAGCACUGCCCGACUCUUCUCAUGCCUUGGGACGAUUUUAUUCCAACGCAAACCCAUAUGAUCCAGCUGGUCGACCGAACUUUUCCUACUAAUGAGAGACUCUUCGAGAGUGUGGCCGGUCUCCAGACUAUCGGAGAUCGCCUCGAUGAGCGGGUAGUACGAGAUGAAGCUUCUCUCGUCUUUAUCGAGAAUAACGCCAUCGAAGACCCCGUGCGCGUUAUUCUAUCAAAAAUCAACGCUUUUCAUCCUGAGAGGUACAACCUCGCCACCCCUGACCAGGUGGAGUUUCAGACCACUGCCAGUAGCCUCCGUGAAUCGACAGAUCCCAGGGAUACUGUACAGCGAGACGCAAGGCUACGGACGGACCAGAUUUGCGUAUUUCGAAACUCAGCUCGCCAGAAGGACAUUGCAUAUGUCAUCGAGUACAAGGCACCUCGCAAACUCCAUACCCAACAUUUUGAGCAGGGCCUCCGGCAGAUGAAUAUAUUCAAGGUUGUCCAUAAGCAGACAAUACCGACUACUGAACCUGACAAGUUCAAACACUACGCAGAACGUCUCACGGCAGCCGCCGUCACACAGACAUACCACUACAUGGUAGAGGCCGGGCUGGAAUAUGGCUACCUGACUAACGGCGACGCCAUCGUCUUUCUCAAGAUCGACUGGGCUGACCCAACAGUGCUUCGCUACCAUCUAGCACGACCGUCACGCGAGGUCUUAGUAGACGAAGACGCUGCCUAUAGCAAUGCAAUCAUCGAGGAAGAGGAGGAGAGGAAUGGAGCAGCAGGCGGUCCCACAACGCCUACAGAGAAGAAGCAUCGCCGUACGCCUAGCCUGGAUUGGGAACCGACGCCGGUCAAGAGGACGAAGCGACAUCCACGUCAGCAGUCUCCAUACCAGCCAUCCCCUCCGGAGAAGUCAGACCGAGUGCUUCGGUCACACGACCGUGGUGGUCCUGGAGGAGGAGCAGGCUCUAGUGGGGGGGCGUCUGGCGGCGGGAUUCCUGGCAGUGGUGCUGCUGGCUCAGGCCACGCAGAUGGCGGUUCCCGGGGACAUGCCACGACUGGCUCAUCACCAGCAGCAACCAGGGGCGGCGAUGUCGGACAGCAGAGGCAGAGGCGAUACUGUACGUCGGCAUGCCUCCUAUCACUCGUCAACGGAGGGCUCAUGGAUAGUAAUUGCCCCAACGCGCCGCUACACCGUAAACGAACGCUUGCUACGCUCCACACUCUGGAUAAGGGCCAGGCUGAGAAGCAUAGACAUGGCCUUUCGUAUCCACAGUUCAUGCUCCGAUUACAAGAACAGCUCUCCCAAAGUCUAGAGAGGGGCGUCGUCAUCUUCGGUAAAGAAGGCGCCUGCGGCGCCUUAUUCCAGAUCACGCUGCUACAGUUUGGCUACACCUUCAUCGCGAAGGGUGUGACUAGAGGACGCGUACCGGACUUGGAGAAGGAAGUGGCCGUCUAUGAGAAGCUACGGCCUCUACAGGGCCACGGCAUCCCGGUAUGCCUCGGCUCCGUCGACCUUGAACCGCUAGGCCAGGUCUUCUUCUACGAUGUCGACGUGCACAUCAUACGCUUCCUCCUCUUGUCCUAUAGCGGCACCGAGGUUAGAGCAAGCGGGGACGAGUCCAGGACACGCAUCAUCAGCACAACCGCGUCCAUCAUAGAUAAGAUGCACCACCUCAGGGUCAUCCACGGCGACGUUCGACGGCCAAACGUGCUGCAAGGCCCCGACGGGGAGAUCAGCCUCAUCGACUUUGACCGCGCCGUGAUCCUGCCAGCCAGAAGCCGAGGAACCACCCUCAGCGCGAUCUCGCCUAACAAGCGGAGGCGCCUUGUGGGCUCUGACGGGGAAGAAGAGGCUUCCUCGCUGACGACGAGGAAAAGCCGGCUGUCCCAGCCCGCGAUUGAGCGCGCAAUCCAGCAGGAUAAUAGCAAUGUGCAAAGUCUCUUCUCCCUCGACUGCGGUAGAAUCAUAGUAUAG